AUGACUGGUGAUACAGAUGAAAAGAUUAAAGGUGACCUGUCUGAUGAAUCAACAGCAAAUGUCAAAGCCCUUUUCUAUGGAGUAGGGGCAGCAACUGCCAUCAUAUAUGGGCAUAGAUUUUACAAGCGAAUAUUAUGUCGAAUACCCACAUCCUUAGAUAUCCCAAAAAGGACUUACAGACAUCGGUAUUUGUAUGGAAAAGUGACAUCUGUAGGAGAUGGUGACAAUUUUAGAUUUUAUCAUUUGCCUGGUGGAUAUAGAGGUGGAUGGGGAUGGCUCAGAAAAAUUCCCGAGGUGAACAAAUUUAGGGAACUUAAAGGUCAGACAAUCCACGUUAGACUUUGUGGUGUAGAUGCACCUGAAAGGGCACACUUUGGAAAUCCCGCACAACCUUUUGGGGAUGAAGCCUUGUAUUGGCUAAGAUCAUACAUAUUAGGAAAAAAGGUUUAUGUAAAGCCGCUGCGUAUGGAUCAGUACAAAAGAACAGUAUCCAAGGUCGAAGUAUUGAAAUGGAAUGGCUACAGGGAUGUCAGUGCAGAAAUGAUCAAAGCAGGGUUUGGUACUGUUUACGAAGCAAAGGUUGGUGCGGAAUUUGAUGGAAAAGAGAUGAUUUAUAGACAUUAUGAAAAGAAAGCUAAAAGGCAUCGCUUGGGAAUAUGGAGCAUUCCGGCAAGACGGAGAAUGACUCCACGACAAUACAAAAAUAAAUAUUCAUGA